AUGGAGGAGGACGAGACGCCCGCCGCCCCCACCGACGCAGAGAACGCUGAAGGCGAGGAAGAGGAGCCCGACACGCGGCUGGAGAGCGACGAGUACAGGGCCUGGAAGAAAAACACGCCGUUCCUGUACGACGUCGUGAUAACCCACUCGCUCGACUGGCCGUCGCUUACUGUGCAGUGGCUGUCCUCGACCACGACGGAGUCCGACUUCUCCGUGUAUGAACUGCUCUUGGGCACGAACACAUCGGGGGCUGAGCAGAACCAGCUCUUGAAGGCGAAAGUGGGGUUACCACUUGAUAAGAAGCGCGAUACACCCAAGUUGAACGAGGAUACCCAAGAGCUGGGUGACUACAAUAAUGCCGCUAAACGCAAGAUCAAGACUUCCCUGCGCAUUAACCACGACGGAGAGGUGAAUCGAGCUCGCUGCAUGCCCUCGGACGAGUUUAUCGUAGCCACCAAGACGCCCCAAGCUGAGGUGCACGUGUUUGACAUUUCCAAACGAAAGUCCGACCCCGAAGAUUCGAGCUGUGACCCGGACUUUUGUCUGUUGGGUCAUGACAAGGAAGGGUACGGUCUCUGCUGGGAUCCGCACGAGGCCUUCCACCUCGUGUCGGGCUCGGACGACGCUAUCAUCUGCGAGUGGGAUAUUCGCAACGCCGGCAAGAACGUGCAGCCGCUGCACAAGUACACAGGCCACACCGAUGUGAUUGAAGACGUGGCGUGGCACAGGCAUCACCCCAAGAUCUUCGGAUCCGUAGGCGACGACAAUAACAUGCUGCUUUGGGACACGCGAUCGGAGAGCUACGACAAGCCCGCCGCGACCGUCCAGGCCCACUCGGCAGAGGUUAACUGCCUCGCCUUCAGUCCGUCCAGUGAGUACCUCGUGGCGACAGGCUCGUCGGAUAAAGUGGUGAAUCUGUGGGACCUGCGCAGGCUGAAGACCAAGCUGCACUCUCUGGAAGGCCACGGAGACGAGAUCUACCAGCUCCAGUGGUCUCCUCACCACGACGGUGUCCUCGGUUCGUGCUCCGCCGACCGCCGACUGCACAUCUGGGACCUCGCCAAGAUUGGCGAAGAGCAGACCCCCGAUGACUCGCAGGACGGCCCUUCGGAGUUGCUGUUCAUCCACGCCGGCCACACCUCCAAGGUCUUGGACUUCUCGUGGCACCCGACCGAGCCGUGGGUCGUGGCCUCCGUUGCCGAAGACAACAUCCUGCAUGUCUGGCAGAUGGCCGAGCACAUUUACAACGUUGAAGAGGAGACCGAGCGGCAGGAGGUCGCCGAGGACGAGCUCGACGCCGCAGCGCCCAAGCCCGCCGUGCGCGGCGCCAUCUUCGACAUGGACGGCACGCUGCUGGACACGGAGGAGCUCAGCCGCGUGGCCAUCGACGGCGUCGUGCGCCAGUUCGGCAAGGAGUUCACCAUGGCCAUGCACAAGGCCAUCCUGGGCCGCCCCGCCGUCGAGUGGACCAGCAUGGCCAUCACCGCCGCCGGUCUCACCGAGGCGGACAUCACGCCCAACGAGAUGUUCGAGCAGUGGGCCGAGCGCAUGCGGGACAUGUCGGACCGCGUCGAGGAGCUCCCAGGCGGCGUCGAGGUGCUCAGCACCCUGCACGCGCGGGGCGUCCCCAUCGCGCUGGCCACGUCCAACAGCCGCAGCGUCGUGGACGCCAAGAUCAAGCACCAUCCCAAGCUCUUCUCGUACUUCUCCACCAUCGUGUGCGGCGACGACCCCGCGGUGAAGCGCGGCAAGCCCGCGCCCGACAUUUUCCGCACCGCUAGCCAGCGCCUCUUUGGCCUCAAGGAGGGCGAGGACGGCGACCAGGCGCCGCACUGCAUCGUGUUCGAGGACUCGGUGAACGGUUACACGGCUGCGAACGCGGCGGGCAUGCACAGCAUCGCGAUCCCCGACGUGCGCAUCCACACGGAUGAGGCCCAGAGGGUCGAACUCUUUGGCAAGGCGGACGAGGUCAUCACGUCGCUCACGCAGUUCCAAAUUGACAACUACGACUGGCUGCUGUAA